AUGGCCACACUUGAGGAAUUGGAGCAGGACGAGCUCAUCGAUCAAGAGAUCGCGCUGUCGCUGACGCAAGACAUUGCCAACAGAACAAAACUUCUUCAUAACGACAUUUCAGUGAUGUUCUCUGAAAGCCAGAGACUCAGUCACGAAAAGGCCGUCAUGGCCGAACGCAUCAAGGACAACCAGGAGAAAAUCAACAACAACAAACAGCUUCCGUACUUGGUGGGCAACGUGGUGGAGCUCUUGGAUCUUAAUGCCGAGAAGGAGGCGCUAGAACAGGGUGGUAACUUGGAUGUGGAUGCUGCCAGACUGGGCAAAUCGGCUGUGAUCAAGACCAGUACGCGGCAGACGAUCUUUUUGCCGCUCAUCGGGUUGGUGGAUCCGGCAGAUUUGAAGCCCAACGACUUGAUUGGCGUCAACAAGGACUCGUACCUCAUUUUGGACCUUUUACCUUCGGAGUACGACUCGAGAGUCAAGGCCAUGGAGGUCGACGAGAAGCCCACGGAGGAUUAUUCUGAUAUCGGUGGCUUGGACAAGCAGAUUGAGGAGUUGAUUGAGGCCGUGGUGUUGCCCAUGAAGCAGGCUGAGAAGUUCAAGGCCUUGGGGUGA